CUAAAAUUGGUUUCAUUACACACUGAAACGGGUGGGAAAAGCCAAACCAACCAAAAACAGGUUUAUCGGAAACUCAGAGCCACAAGCACUGGAUACAGAAAUUAAGGCCCAGAAUAAUCCUAACUACACCAAAUUAAACUCUGCAGAUAAACCAAUUUUCAAUUUUCGUGCACUAAAUAAUAAGUACACUUUAUCCAUACAAUACUCCCGUCUCCCUUCCAGAGCUCAUCAUUAUACCUCUUCGCUUCACUUCGAAUAUAAAUCAAAUUCCUAAAAAGCCAACAAAAGAAAGGAUAACUCGAACAAAACAAGAAAUGGAACUCAACCAAAGAAUUGCCAGAAUCGCUGCACAUCUCCAUCCUUCAAGUACCCAGAUGUCGGAAAAUCCGAUAUUGAGGCAAUCGAAUUGCAGGGCGAAAGGUGGGUCUCCAGGUUUUAAGGUGGCGAUAUUAGGUGCAGCUGGAGGAAUCGGGCAGCCGCUAGCAAUGCUCAUGAAGAUGAAUCCUUUAGUCUCAGUGCUUCAUCUUUACGACGUCGUUAAUGCCCCUGGCGUCACCGCUGACAUCAGCCACAUGGAUACUGGUGCUGUUCGUUCAAAUCUGAGUGAAAUGAUCAAAAUGGGGGAAAGAUUGGAAGGAAUGAUUUUGGUUUAUGGGAUGGACCUUGUCGUAAUUCCAGCUGGCGUGCCGAGAAAACCGGGAAUGACUCGAGAUGACCUUUUUAACAUCAAUGCCGGUAUUGUUAAGACAUUGUGUGAAGGCAUUGCAAAGUGCUGUCCUAAUGCUAUUGUCAAUCUCAUUAGUAAUCCCGUGAACUCUACUGUCCCAAUUGCUGCCGAGGUUUUCAAGAAAGCCGGGACUUAUGAUCCCAAGAAGCUCUUAGGGGUCACCAUGCUUGAUGUCGUGAGAGCCAAUACUUUUGUGGCUGAAGUUAUAGGACUUGAUCCAAGAGAGGUUAAUGUUCCUGUUGUUGGAGGUCAUGCAGGAGUUACCAUUUUGCCCCUCCUCUCACAAGUAAAACCCGCUUGUUCUUUUACCCCAGAGGAAACCGAGUACCUCACAAAACGCAUUCAAGAUGGUGGAACAGAAGUAGUUCAGGCAAAAGCAGGUGCAGGCUCUGCAACUCUAUCAAUGGCAUAUGCAGCUGUUAAAUUUGCUGAUGCAUGCCUUAGAGGCUUAAGAGGCGAUGCUGGCAUUGUUGAAUGUGCUUUUGUAGCUUCACAGGGUUGGCCUGGAGAAAGCAAAGAAAGAGUUGGCAGCAAGCAUUGA